AUGUGGGACAUGUUGACGACGAUCUUCUGGUACACCGCGCUGCUCGUUGCCUCGGCUGCCGCCCUUGUCGGAUGUGGUGGUGGGAAGAAGCCGCCGCCAGCUGCCGCUGGAGCCGGCAAGAGCAAAAUGGCACCCCCACCAAAGAGCAAGAUGACGUCGGCCGCCCAGCCUCCAGCUCCAGCUGCUGCUGCUGCUCCAGCCGCCGCCCCAGCAGCCGCAUCCCCUGGUGAAGGAGAAAAGAAGAAGGAGGAGGAGGCUAAGCCUGAGGAAAAGAAGGAGGAGAAGGAGGGAGAGAAGAAAGAGGAGGAGAAGAAGGAAGAAAAGAAGGAAGAGGAGAAGAAGGAGGAAGAAAAGAAGGAGGAGGAGGGCAAGGACAAGAAGGAGGGUGACCAGAAGGAGAAGAAGGAAGGCGAUGGCAAGGACGCCAAGGACGCGAAGGAAGGUGACAAGAAGGAGGAGGACAUCAGACCGAAAGCCAUGAAGCGCACCGAGAAAGAGGAAAUGAUCGCCAAGCAAAAGAUGACGAGGAACAAGGCUGACUAUCCGACCUUCAACGACGUGGAAAGCGAUUGGGACAGCAAGAAGGAUGAGAAGAAGAAAGAUGAAAAGAAGAAGGACGGUGCUGCACCACCUGCAGCUGCUGGCGGCGCGCCGGGUGCCAGCAAAGUCGGGAAGCCGACCUCUUCGAAGGACCAGAAGGAGAAGAAGGACGCGAAGAAGGAUGAGAAGGAGGAGGAGAAGAAGGAAGAAAAGAAGGACGAAGAGAAGAAGGAGGAGAAGAAAGAAGAGAAAAAGGAUGAGAAGAAGUCCGCCUCCAAGAAGAAGGAGGAGAAGAAGGAUGACAAGAAAGAAGAAAAGAAGGAUGAGAAAGAAGACGACAAGGAAGAGAAGAAGGACGGUGAUAAGAAGGAGGAAGAGAAGAAGGAGGACAAGAAAGAGGACGACAAGAAGGAAGACGAUAAGAAGGAGGAGAAAAAGGAUGAUGAGAAGAAGGACGAGAAGAAAGAAGAGGCCAAGAAGGAAGCCUCCAAGAAGGAGGAGAAGAAGGAAGCGUCUAAAAAGGAAGGCGGCUCCAAGAAAGAGGCGUCGAAGAAGGACGCUAAGAAGGAGGCAUCGAAGAAAGAGGAGAAGAAGGAGGCAUCGAAGAAGGCUGGCGCUUCAGGCAAAAAGAAA